AUGCCACGACAUAUACUACCAUGCAAUUUUUUACGGCAACUUAAAUGUCAAUGUUUAGGUCGUGGUUAUCAAACAUUAGAUUCUAUUGAAUAUGAAGAAUCUAUUUCUUCAUUAUCUGAUUGUGAAAACUUUCAAAGAACAGCCUAUGAUAGUGAUAGUGAUAGUGAUAUAUUAGAAAACGAAGAACAGAUUUAUUGUAGUCAGGCAAAACGAAUUAAAUCACAAAAUUCUCAAGAAAACUUUGAAAUUUUUUAUGACAUUCACAAUGGUUUUACAUCAGGCCAAGUAUCAAUUAUUGAAAAUGCUUUACAAAUUAUUGCUGAUAGAUUAUUCAAACCAGAAAUUUUACAAAAUAUGUAUCAAAUUUGUGGUAAAUCUAGCUGUUUCUUAACACAUGGAAUAUUAUCGCAGUCAAAUUUAAUAGAAAAUUCAAUUUAUUUCAAUCAAUAUUUAUUAUUACAUUAUCAAUUAAUGUGUCUUAAAGUCCAAUGUGAAAAUGGUGAAAUGCCCAUCAUGAAUAUUUAUCCAAUUGAUGAAAAAAAUCAAAAAGAAAAUAAUGAUUCUCUUCCGUAUGUUUUUUGUAUUUCUCAUGGAUCAACAUUUAUGAUUGAUGGUGAAUUCGAAAUUGAAUUAAAUCAAGAUAAACUUAAUGGAUCAGUUAAAAACAGUUCCAAUGCUUUAUUUUGGGCUGGAGAAAUUGUUUAUGAAAUGCUUCGAAAUUUAGGUCAUCGAUCCAAUGACAUUUCGUACAGAAAUCGAUCACAAAUUAAUGUUUUUAAACAAUGUUUUCUACAUAAUGGAAAUUAUAUUCCUAUUAAAAAACAAAAAUAA